UUUGUAUAAAACUGCAGUCUGACAGUCAUGUGUUGUGGAUUCAUUUGUGUUCAUCAGCUCUGUGGCAGAAGAAAACAGACACUGGUUGAAAGAAGCUUUCAAAAUGGCCAAGAAAGUGUUGAUUGUGUUUGCCCACCAGAGCUCUGGAUCCUUCAAUGCUGCAGCCAAAAGUGCUGCUGUGGAGGUUCUGGCAGCUCAGGGCUGCACAGUAGAGGUUUCUGACCUGUAUGCUAUGAACUUUAAAGCUGCUGCCACUGCUGAGGACAUCAAAGGGGACGUUAAGGAUGCUGAACACUUCCGGUAUCAGGAGGAGACCAGGCUGGCAUGGGAGGAGGGCAGGCUGGCAGAAGACAUCACUGCAGAGCAAACUAAACUCUCUGAGGCAGACCUGGUUAUCUUUCAGUUCCCCAUGUACUGGUUCAGUGUUCCUGCCAUCAUGAAGGGCUGGAUUGACCGUGUGCUCACAUGUGGCUUUGCCUUCACUAAAGAGAAGCGUUACAGCCAGGGACUCCUGAAGGAGAAGAAAGCCAUGCUGUCCCUCACCACUGGCUCUCUUGAAUCCAUGUUCAGCUCCACUGGCAUCAAUGGAGACAUGAACGUCACUCUGUGGCCAAUCCAGAACGGUAUCCUGCAUUACUGUGGCUUCCAGGUCCUGCCUCCUCAGGUCUUUUGGGCUCCUUCUUGUGCGUCUCCUGAAGCUCGUACAGCCAUGUUGGAGGGCUGGCGUUCCCGACUGCAGGGCCUGCUGGAAGAGAAGCUGCUGUCCUUCAUCUCCUUGGACUGCUUUGACCCAAAGUCUUUCCAGUUGACUCCUGAUGUUCAGGAGAAACAUGCCAGCCAGGAGUUUGGUCUGACAGUGGGCAUCCACCUGGGCAAACCUUUGCCACCCCAGAACCAGAUGAAGGCUGGAUGCUGAAGAUGUAGCUGUAAACCUGUAGUGAAAUAAAGGCUUGUACUUAAGUGUAUAUUAUCCUAA